AUGGGCUAUGCGCAACGCAAGGUCGCGAUCACGGCUCACAAGCUCGCCCAUCCUCCGCCACGCUCGACACUCGCCGCGUUCACGCAUCGAAUAGGCUUCGGGAAUGUCGUGCCUUCCAUGGAGGUCAUUCAGCAGGCAUGCACGCACCCUUCCUUCGUCCCCCAGUAUACGCAGGACCACCCGGACCAGCCGCUCCCUGCCACGAAUGCAUCCAUGGCGACCCUUGGCAACUCCUCCUUGUCUGCUACGUCGGCGAGUGACCCUGUCCUGCACGACGACGCGCUGGCAUCCGUGCCGAGAGCGCUUACAGCGCUGGUGUACCAGUACCGGUCGCUUCACGCUGCAAGACGGUUUGCGGAGAAGUUCUUCUUCAGUCGGGAGGUUGAUAUGAAGGCUAUGAUCAAGUUCAAGGAUCCGAAGCAGUCAUUGCUGAACACAGUUGCGAAGUUUGGGAGGGAACGACCUAUCUCCAGGCUGCUCAAGGAGACGGGUCGAUUCUCAGGUUCGCCUGUAUUCGUCGUGGGUAUCUUUACCGGCGCGGAUAAGCUUGGAGAAGGGUUUGGCAGCUCGUUGAAAAUGGCGGAGUACCGUGCGGCAGAGGACUCGCUUCUACGACUUUACCUCACGCGGCAGCCACCCCAUCUAUUACAGCUGCCGACAUCAACAUUCCCGGACUCACCAGGGAACGUUUUUGAUGCGGUGGGCGCUGAGGGUGCCUACGCCCCUGUUGCACUCGGGGAUUCGGAGGUGUUGUAUGGCAGUGCGGGGCGGGCGGGGACGCGCGUACCGGGUGCGCGCUCGUUCGCGGUGGGGGCGGACAACGUAGAGUACAUGUAG